AUUAAGGAUAUACCAAAAUCAAUAUGUAUACACUGUAUAUUUUUUUUUAAUGUCUGUGUUACCCCUAAUACUCUCUCUCUCCCUGACGACAUCUCCAUCUCUAUGUUAAACUUAUUCUCACCCACCACCAACACCCACCCCUUCUUCACCAUCAGUAUCCCUUCUGGUCCAUGACCACCACCAACACCACCCCCAGAGCCCCGAAAACUCAACUCCGACCACCGUCCAUGGCUCCUUCAGCACGUCCCUUCCCACCCCCGCGCGUCACCAUAGCUCUCCCUCCGCCGUCUCACGGUCUCAGUCGCCGCCUCCUCUCCCACAAGUGAUCCGCCUCCUCGACGCCGAGCUCCCUCCGCUCCUCCGUCUCCCCUCUCUGUUCUCCUCCACCUUCUUCUUCUCUCACCUCCACCACCGAGUGUCUCCACCUUCUCCCGUCCCGAGUUCUUGUCUCCCGCCAGCAAAAAUCAUUGACAACAAAAGCUCCCUUUUUGGAGUUGGAGAUUUAGAUUGAUAGGAGGAAUUAGGGAUUUGGAGAAUUGGGUAACAAAAAAAGGAUGCAGCUUCACAUAUCGCCUAGCAUGAGGUCGUCUCCCGCCUCCUCCACGUCUGCCAUGACGUCGUCUCCUGCAACCCCGAGCUCUUCUCCAGCUCUCUUCUCCUCCGCUGCAGAUCUCUCUCCCCCGUCAAAUUGUAAUUUGUUUGUGAAAAAAGGACAGUAUAGAAAAACUAUUAUUAAUUUGCUACAGUAUUCUACCAUCUUAGAAAAAAAUGGUAUAUCCUUAAUAUUGACUUCUUUUAGUUAUUCCCAGCAAAUUAACUCUAUUUUAAAAGCUCAGAAAAAGUUUUUAAAAAGGGGAAAGUGCUAAAACAACCUACCCAAGUUGCGUUACACACUACGUAUCUUUCUCCCCACACACAAAAAUGGGGAAAUAUAUUCUUUUUCAUUUCCAUAUUCUACAAAACAAUAUUUUCGUUUUAAUUCUUGUGAUUAAGAAAAUGAAAACAAUGCAAUUUUGUUUUUCCAACUCCUUUAUAGUUUCAUUUGCCCAUUUUCCCUUUAUAUUUUCUUCAUCAUAUUCCUAACCUUUCUCCCCAACUUCUCUGUUCAUCGUUUUCUCUCUCUCUAGUUAUAAUAAAUAUCUUCACAUAGCAUUCAUCUCUAAAAAAAACCAUUCAAGAUCAAAUAAAGGGUUUAAUUAAGGUUUCUUGAAGGGACAAAAAAUGGAGACGUUUUGUGGGUUUCAGAAGGAAGAAGAGCAGAUGGAUUUACCUCCAGGGUUCAGGUUUCAUCCAACAGAUGAAGAACUCAUAAGUCACUAUCUCCACAAGAAGGUUCUUGACAUCAGCUUCUCAGCCAAAGCUAUUGGUGAAGUUGACUUGAACAAAUCUGAGCCAUGGGAGUUACCAUGGAUGGCAAAAAUGGGUGAGAAGGAAUGGUACUUCUUCUGUGUGAGGGACAGAAAAUAUCCAACCGGUUUGAGGACUAACCGCGCGACUGAAGCCGGUUAUUGGAAGGCAACCGGGAAGGAUAAGGAGAUUUACCGUGGUAAAUCCCUUGUCGGGAUGAAGAAGACACUUGUUUUCUAUAGAGGCAGGGCUCCCAAAGGUCAGAAAACAAACUGGGUGAUGCAUGAGUAUAGGCUUGAAGGCAAACUCUCUGCCCAUAAUUUACCUAAAACCGCAAAGAAUGAAUGGGUGAUAUGUAGGGUGUUCCAGAAGAGUGCUGGAGGAAAGAAGAUCCCUAUUUCGAGUCUAAUCCGUAUCGGUACACUUGGAACCGACUUUAGCCCUUCCCUUAUGCCUUCUCUAACCGAUGCUUCACCUUUCAACGAUAAAACCAAAACAGAACCGGUUUACGUGCCCUGCUUCUCCAACCAAACUGAUCAAGCCCAAGGAAACACACUUAAUUGUUUCAGCAGCCCUGACAUUUUCCACAGGAUUCCACUCUACCAAACUCAAUCCCUCCAGGUCUCUGGUAAUCUACAGAGUCCCAUUCUCGGUCAAGAACAUUCGGUUCUACAUGCUGUGAUUGAUAACAACAGAAGGCAGAAUCUCAAAGUGAUGAGUGUCUCACAAGAAACCGCAGUUUCUACUGACAUGAAUACUGAUAUUUCGUCGGAUUUUGAAUACGGUAAAAGACAUGCUCAAGAAGAUCCAUCUUCCUCGGCUGGACCUGUUGAUCUUGAACCUUUCUGGAAUUACUGAAGAAGAUUCAAGAGUAGUGUUCACUAAUUUACUGUCAUAAAAAAAGUAAGAAAACAAUUUCAGCUUUUGUCUGGUGUGUCAACGUUUGUAUAGAUUAUUACAAUCUCAACUUCCACUAUAUGUUAUACUCAAAAAGAAACUUAAAAUAUAGUUUG